CACGUUCAUUGACAAGUUAUACAAACAAAUCAUUCAAAGACAUACAAAUAAUAAUUGAGUUUUUUUGUAAAGUAGAAAAAUGGGAUUGAGUGGUGUUCUUCAUGUGGAGGUUGAGGUUAAGUCUCCGGCUGAAAAGUUUUGGGUAGCCCUCGGUGACGGCAUCAAUCUCUUCCCCAAAGCUUUCCCUAACGACUACAAAACCAUCCAAGUUCUAGCCGGCGAUGGCAACGCUCCUGGCUCCAUUCGCCUCAUUACUUAUGGAGAAGGAUCUCCACUGGUGAAGAUAUCGGCUGAGAGGAUCGAAGCAGUGGAUUUGGAGAACAAAAGCAUGUCGUACAGCAUCAUUGGCGGAGAAAUGUUGGAGUACUACAAAACUUUCAAAGGAACCAUCACCGUUAUUCCUAAGGAUGGUGGUAGCCUUCUGAAAUGGUCCGGUGAGUUUGAGAAGACCUCCCAUGAGAUCGAUGACCCACACGUCAUCAAGGACUUUGCUGUCAAGAACUUCAAAGAGAUAGAUGAGUAUCUGCUUAAGCAAUCUAUUGCCUAAAACUAGAAAUAUCUUUAAAUUAUAUAAGAGGGUUUCGAUCGUUUCUAUAUGAUUUUCCUAAGUAUGAAGAAGUUGAAUAAACUGGAACCUCUUUAUGAAACAUCCACGUUUAUGAUUGCGGAGUUUGAUUUUUGGUGUA